UCGGUCGUCCGGCCCAUUCGUCACCGCCCGAUGGGUUAUUUCAUCUUCAACAUCUCUCCCCUUUGACUCUCCUUCUCUCUCUCUACGGACGAACCAGAUAAAGCUCUCUCUCUCUCUCUCUCUCUCUCGCAGAAGAACUCUGUACUUUGCUGUCUCAAAAAAUAUCUUCUCCUUCUUCUGCUUCUUUGGAGCUGAAGGGAACCUUACUAAGAUUUAAAUGGUAUGAAGAAGAGUCCGUUUCACUGAAAUCAAUUCUCCCUCAAGAUAGAUAUUAAGAUAGAGAGAGAGAGAUAUCUAUUCUAGGAAGAAAAAAACACUCAGAUUGCUGCUAAUACUAUGGCUGGUGGAAACGAAGUCAACCUAAACGAAUGCAAGAGAAUAGUCCCACUAAACACAUGGGUCCUCAUCUCCAACUUCAAGCUCGCCUACACCCUCCUCCGCCGCCCCGACGGCUCCUUCAACCGCGACCUCGCCGAGUUUCUCGACCGCAAAGUCCCCGCCAACUCUUUCCCCGUCGACGGCGUCUUCUCCUUCGACCACGUCGACACCUCCACCAGCCUCCUCACCCGCAUCUACCUCCCCGCUCCCCUCUACCCCUCCCGCCACGGCUCCGUCGACUUGUCCGAGCCUCUCAGCACCACCGACAUCGUCCCCGUUCUCGUCUUCUUCCACGGCGGCAGCUUCACUCACUCCUCCGCCAACAGCGCCAUCUACGACACUUUCUGCCGAAGGCUCGUCACUAUCUGCGGCGUUGUUGUCGUCUCCGUUGACUACCGGAGGUCCCCGGAGCAUCGCUACCCUUGCGCUUACGACGACGGGUGGAACGCUCUCAAAUGGGUCAAGUCCAGAGUCUGGCUUCAGAGUGGUAAAGACUCGAAUGUUUAUGUUUACUUGGCUGGUGAUAGCUCUGGUGGCAACAUAGCUCAUAACGUCGCUGUGAGAGCGACCAGUGAAGGAGUUAAAGUUCUGGGGAAUAUUCUUCUGCAUCCUAUGUUUGGUGGGCUCGAGAGGACUCAGUCUGAGAAGAGGCUUGAUGGUAAAUACUUUGUCACUAUUCAAGAUCGGGAUUGGUAUUGGAGAGCUUAUCUACCGGAAGGUGAAGAUAGAGAUCAUCCCGCUUGUAAUCCCUUUGGUCCUCGAGGUCAAAGCCUCGACGGAGUCAACUUCCCCAAGAGUCUUGUGGUUGUGGCUGGUUUGGAUCUUGUUCAGGAUUGGCAGUUGGCUUAUGUCGAUGGGCUUAAGAGGACUGGUCACCAUGUUAACCUUUUGUAUUUGAAGCAAGCUACCAUUGGGUUUUACUUCUUGCCUAACAAUGAUCACUUUCAUUGUCUUAUGGACGAGUUAACUAAGUUUGUGCACUCCGUAGAUGAGGAUAGUCAAAGCAAGUCAUCUCCUGUUCUUCUGACUCCAUAGUGACAUGAUGAGGUCUGAUCAUGUUGAUGCUCUUACAUAAAGAGGAGAAGACUAGAAGAUCAGUUUGUCUGGAUCUUUUGUACAGUUUCCACAAGUAUUGUCUAGUGUUCACUCAUGUUUUUUGUUGUCUUUAUUAGUCUCCUGAAUCAUCAGUAUAAGUCCGGCUUAUUGUGAGAUGACGUUGGUUGCGCCGGAAGCAAAAACCAAUUCUCUUGUCGGCAUCUAUCGGUUAAGGCUUAACCGGGAGAUGGUACUUUCCUUUGUAGCGUAGGAAGUAGUAGUCUUUAAUUGGUUCUAGAGUAUAGAGAGUCAAAAUACAAGACAACUAAUUUGUCUUCAA